GGGAAGGAGAAUUCUCUUGUCCUGUCACCCUAACAUCCACCCAAAGCAGCAGGGAGCUUACCAUGGCUUUCAGCCGCUCUGAUGGGUUCAGAUCACUGGUUUUGGUGCUGGUUUUAGCCCUCACUGUGAGGAGCUCACCCCACAGAAAGGCUGGUGCCUCUGCAAGGCUGAGGGAAGGUUGCCUGAACCAAAAGGAUCCCAAAUUCCCCACAACAGUGAACGUUGACAUUCGGAUCAGCAACUCAGAUCAUGCCUUUGGGAUGGUCCAUGAUGUCAGGAACAGGUCUCUCGCUCCUUGGGAUUACAGGCUGGACGAGGAUCCCGACCGCUUCCCGCGGGUGAUCGCGGACGCCCGGUGCCGCCUGUCGGGCUGUGUGAGCCCCCUGGGGCAGGAGGACCACAGCCUCAACUCGGUGCCCAUCAAGCAGGAGAUCCUGGUGCUGCGGCGGGAGCAGCGCGGCUGCGUGCCCUCCUACCGCCUGGAGAAGAGAAUUGUCACCGUGGGCUGCACCUGUGUCACCCCCGUCAUCCAGCACCAGUCCUAGCAGCAGCCACCAGGGCAGGCGGCGUUGGGAAGAGGAAGGA